ACAACCAUUUGCUAUAUGAUUGUAUGUAGCAUUCAAUAAAAAUUGUAUAAUAUAGUUUAGUGUGGUUACCAAAAAAAAGUAAUUUAUAUGUAAUUUAAUUUGUAACCAAAAUUAUUGUAUAAUUUCUUGUAUAUAAAUUAAUUCAAUACCUAAAAAAAUAUUUCACAUUAAUUUUGCAAGAAAACAUAAAAAAAAUAUUUAACAAACAAAAGAUUAAUAUAUUAAAUUAAAUUAAAUUAAAUUAAUUGAUUAAAAGUUACUAUUCUGAGAUAUUUAAUAAAUACCUUAAUAAGAUUUAUUUGCUAUUUAUAUUCUUAAAUAUGUUAUAUAGUAAUGAAUUUGUCCAAUCAUGAUUCUUAUACAGUAGAUUUUUAGUGACUUUAUUUUAACAGAUUAUAUGUAUGUCAAAACAUGUAAAGGAAACAAAUCUGUUGAUCUGAGUUAUAAAGGAUAGUGAUCUCUCUUUUUUCUUUUGUUAAUUAGAGAUUGUAAUAGAUCUUAUUACACUGGUAAAUCAAAUAGGGAAAUAUAAAUAUCGUACAAGAGAUAUAACUUUCUUCAGUGAAGAGGGCUAAUUCUUCCUCUCCGAGGAACCAAAGCUGCAAAGGAACUCAAGAAAAAGAAAAAUUGUGAAUUUUUCUAAGUCAACAGAAGGAGAUGAAAAACGGAGCUAUUGUAAUGAAGAUGGCUCGAGUCAUGACUCAGGUUUUCGUUCUGAUAUUUCUUCUUCAAGGUGUUCAUUCCCGAACGUCACGAAACAAAUCGAAUAUCGCUAAACCGGGACAAAACCUCGCAUCUCCCCCGGUUACGCUUAAGAAAAUUGGCCUUAACCAAGUUGUCGUUGAUAAUGGUAUCAUCCAAGUCACCUUCUCGAAUCCAUCAGGCUUAAUAACUGGAAUCAAGUAUAAUGGUUUUAACAAUGUGUUGAACGAUAAAAUCGAGGAUCGCGGGUAUUGGGAUGUAGUAUGGUAUGAACCAGAAAAAAACCCGCAAACAGAUUUUUUAAAAGGAGAAAAAAUCGAUAUUAUAAAUCAAACAAGUGAGCAUGUCGAAAUUUCAUUUUCAAGAACAUGGACAAUGGCUCGACGUGGCUCGAUAGCCCCAUUAAACGUUGAUAAAAGAUAUAUUAUUCGACGCGGUGUAUCUGGAGUGUAUAUGUACGCUGUGUUAGAGAGGUUAAAAGGCUGGCCGCAAGUGGAGAUGGACCAAACUAGAAUUGUCUUCAAGCUUGACACAACAAAAUUCGAUUUUAUGGCUAUAUCAGAUAAUCGGCAGAAAGUUAUGCCUUCUGAUGCAGAUCGAAAUAUCAACAAUGGCAUUGCCGCUCCAUUGGCUUACAAGGAAGCGGUUCGGUUGAUGAAUCCACAAAAUCACACGCUUAAAGGGCAGGUUGACGAUAAGUAUAUGUACUCGAUGGAAAGCAAGGACAACAAAGUACAUGGUUGGAUCUCUUCUGACCAACGUGUCGGCUUCUGGAUGAUUACUCCCAGCGAUGAGUUCCGUGCUUGUGGGCCCGUCAAACAAGAUCUCACUUCUCAUGUUGGACCCACCGUACUUUCUAUGUUUACAAGUGUACAUUACGUGGGAAAAGAAAUGAAUACAGCUUAUGCAAGCAGUGAGCCGUGGAAGAAAAUGUUCGGUCCUGUUUUUGUUUAUCUCAAUUCUCCCUCCUCUAGUGAUCCCCUUUGGACGGAUGCUAAACGACAGAUGGCUGCCGAGGUUCAAAGCUGGCCUUAUGACUUCGUGAAGUCAGUUGAUUACCCUCUUCACCACCGAAGAGGAACAGUCGAGGGUCAACUAUUUGUCACGGACAGUUACAAAAGCAAGUCGAAGUUAUACGCGGAGUUUGCUUUUGUGGGUUUAGCACUACCUGGUCAAGCUGGUUCAUGGCAAACCGAAAACAAGGGAUAUCAAUUUUGGACACGAGCAGACAAAAGGGGGAGGUUCGCAAUAGCGAAUGUGAGACCAGGAAGUUAUAGCCUCUACGCAUGGGUUGUCGGAUUUAUUGGAGAUUAUAAAUACGAGCGCGACAUUAUCAUCACACCAGGCAAGGAGAUAAACGUAGGACCAAUAGUGUACGAGCCGCCAAGAAAUGGUCCGACGCUGUGGGAAAUCGGGGUACCGGAUCGGACCGCAGCAGAAUUCAAUAUUCCAGAUCCGGAUCCAACCCUUUUGACCAAACUCUAUCUUAGUAACGCAAAUCCUUCUCAAGACAGAUUUAGACAAUAUGGUCUAUGGAAUCGUUACAGUGUUUUGUAUCCUCGAAAAGAUCUUGUUUUUACUGCUGGAGUAAGUGACUAUAAAAAAGAUUGGUUCUAUGCACAUGUCAACAGAUAUUCUGGAAAAGAGAAAUAUCAAGCAACGACAUGGAAAAUAGUGUUUAAUUUAAAAACAAUGAUUAAAACAGGAAAUUACACACUUCGAAUGGCUUUGGCUGCAGCCACGAAUGCGGAUUUAUUUGUUCGGGUUAACAAAGCUAAUUCCAAUCCUAUUUUCACGAGCGGGUUAAUAGGUCGGGAUAACGCGAUCGCUAGGCAUGGAAUUCAUGGUCUAUACAGAUUGUACAAUAUCGAUGUUCAAAGAAAGUUGCUUAGGGUUGGUGAUAAUACAUUUUUUCUUACUCAAAAUCGGAAUACUAGUUUGUUUACUGGUGUUAUGUACGACUAUCUUCGUUUGGAAGGUCCAUAUUAAGUAUAAUUAAUAAAUUAAUAAAAGAUGAGUGAAUUAAUUUAGUCACAAUUUAUUUAUUAGCUAAUAUAGCUUCAAAUUUCAUGGAUAUUAAGUAUAAUGCAUUUUAUGGCUACAUAGAAUAAUAGUUACCAUUAAAAUUAUGGCUAAUUGUAUAGUUAAGAUAGACGCAAAUUCAGUUUUUGCUAUUUAUGGAUAUCAUUGAACGGAAACAAUGGAUAAUGUUUGAACGAUAUUCAGAAACUCAAAACUAAAAAAAAGUUUGUGGUUGCGCUUAGAUGUUCAUCAAAUAACCACAAAAUUUUCACGUACUUACAGUAAAAUUCGCAGUUGUAACCAGUUUUUCUUGAUAAUAAAUACACCUCCAAUUUGGAUCAGAGUUAUAAAACAUAGUGACUGUAAAAACAAAAAAAAAUUGGUAAAUCAAAAAACAAAAAAAAAUUGUACAAGUGAUACAAAUUUCUUCAGUGGAGAAGGCUCGUCAUAAGAAUUACAGCUGAAAAGGAACUGAAUAAAUAGAAAAAUAGGGAAAUCAUAUAAGA